AACGGUCCGAAAUUAAGAUUUCUUCGAAGACAGAGAAAAAGAAAGCGAAAGAGAAAGGCAAUAACCCCCCAAAAAAAAAAAAUUAUAAAGAAAAAAAGGAAAGCGCAGAAAGAUAAGGGAGAGCAACAGAUUUUUUCACUUCCGUAUUUUCCAUCAACCUUCCAAAAAGGAAAAAAAAUUUUUUUUCCUAAUUUCUCUGUGCUUCUUUGGUCAAUCAGAAGAGGAAUUUAAGACGACGAGUGGUUGGGGUUUGUGUUUGUAAUUUUAUCCGAUUGAAAUCGGAGGUCGUGUUGGUAAAUUAAGGGAGGAGGAGGAGGAGGAGGAAGAGGACGAGGGUGAUUUAGACGGUGUUUGUGUUGUUUUAUUUUGGGGAAUUUAGGGUUUUGAGAUUUUGGGGGUGGAUUAAUUUUGACUUUUAAUUUAUAAUUUGUUUUAAUUAUGGGAUUAGGGAGUAAUGGUGGGGAUGAUGUUGUGGUGGAUGACGGUGAUGGAGGUGGCGAUGGUGGUGAUUGCGGUAAUGGAGAGAAGUCUUUCUGUUCUGUUUCAUGCUCGAUUUGCCUCGAAACAGUUGCUGAUAAUGGGGAUCGAUCGUGGGCUAAGCUUCAAUGUGGUCAUCAAUUUCAUUUGGAUUGCAUUGGUUCAGCAUUCAAUAUAAAGGGUGCGAUGCAAUGCCCUAAUUGUAGGAAAAUUGAAAAAGGUCAAUGGCUUUAUGCCAAUGGUUGCCGUUCCUAUCCAGAAUUUAGUGUCGAUGAUUGGACACAUGAUGAGGACCUUUAUGAUCUAAGUUACUCUGAAAUGUCAUUUGGAGUUCACUGGUGUCCAUUUGGAAGCUUAGCUCGACUUCCUUCAUCAUUUGAGGAAGGAGAGUUUUCAUCAACCACAUAUCAUGAGUUACUGGGACAACAUGCCAUCUUUGCUGAACAUUCAGCAGUAUCAUCUGCUACUCAUCCUUGUCCGUAUGUAGCUUACUUUGGGCCAACAAUUCAUCCCUCAUCCUCAAAUUCCAGUGGAAGUGUGUCAGAUAGUUCUAAUUUCAACAGUCACUGGAAUGGUCCAUCAGUGCCUAGUGAGAUUCCUACCUCUUAUGCUUUUCCUGCCGUGGAUCUCCAUUAUCACAGUUGGGAGCAUCAUUCCCCUCCAUUCUCCACAUCUAGCAGUCGAAUUGGUAGUUCUGAUCAACCUUCAAUUCCACCUGUCAGUCAAAGGUCAAGCAGGAGUAGUACCGAUAUGCCAAGAUCGGGAUCUUUUAUGCAUCCAUUUCUUGUUGGCCACAGUUCUGGUGCAAGAGCAGGGAGUUCAGUUGCUUCCUCAUUGAUCCCGCCUUACCCUGGUAGCAAUGCUCGGGCCCGUGAUAGAGUUCAAGCUCUCCAGGCAUACUAUCAACAACAACAGCCUAGCACUUCGCCAGCCAUAAGGACGCCCAUUAUUCCUGGCUCCCGAAGGUCGAGCAGCCAUAGAAGUCUUGCUCAAGUUGGGCCAGUGGCCUCAUCGUCUGACCAGGUGGGUGGCUUCUAUCUUGUUCCAUCUGGUACUUCAGGCCGUAACUUUCAAGAGGCAGAAAAUCCUUUGUCAACUCGGUUCCAUGCUUGGGAAAGAGAUCAUUUGCCUUCAUUUUCACAAAACCAGGUUGACAGAGAUUCAGGCUGGGGUGCAUUCCACCAGGCAGCCGGUGGUUCAGAUCCUGGCAUAAGAUCCAGCAGCUUCCGCCAAAGGCACGGAUCUGAGAGGACUUCAUCCCAAAAUCGUUCAUAGUCUUUUCCCUCUUUUAACCCCGUUUGGGUGAAGCAAACUACCUCUACUAUGAAUGAAACCAAAAGUAAUGUAUGCUUGAGAGACGAUAAUAUGAAACUUGAGUCUGUCAAUCCGGGCAGAGUGAAAAUACUGUGAAAGUGGCCCGAAAACAAUCUUUUUGGUUGCCACAUGGCGGUGUGCUGGACUUGCCUUCCUCUGGUUCCUUCUGGCCUUCGAGGAUAUAAAAUAAUUUUUUUUUCCCAAAAAA